CACGCACUCUUUGCUCUACCACCCAUUGGCUGGUUCUUUCAUAUCCCACAAUCCACCGCUUCUCAACUUCCUUUUUCCUUUCGGCCAUUUUCCUCCCUCGUAGAGAGGUAAGCAGCCAUGGCCCCCAGCCGGAAUGGAAUGAUCUUGAACCCCCAUUUCCACAAAGACUGGCAAAGAAGAGUCCGCACUUGGUUCAACCAGCCUGCCAGAAAGAUCCGUAGGCGAAAGGCUCGUCAAGCCAAAGCGCGCCGUAUUGCACCUCGUCCUAUUGCUGGACCCCUCAGGCCACAGGUCAGGUGUCCCACAAUCAGGUACCACACCAAGGUUCGCUCCGGACGUGGCUUCACUCUUGAAGAACUUAAGGCAGCAGGCAUCCACAAAAAGACAGCCCGCACCAUUGGCAUUGCUGUUGACCCCCGCCGUCGCAACAGAUCCACAGAAUCUCUUCAAGCCAACGUGCAGCGCCUGAAGGAGUACCGCUCCAAACUCAUCCUGUUCCCAAGGAAGGCCUCUGCACCCAAGAAGGGCGACAGCUCUGAGGAGGAACUGAAGAUGGCUACUCAGCUCAGUGGUCCUGUCAUGCCCAUCAAAACUGUGUACAAGAAGGAGAAGGCGCGCAUCAUCUCUGAAGACGAGAAGAACUUUAAGGCUUUCGCCAGCCUGCGUAUGGCUCGCGCCAAUGCUCGUCUCUUCGGCAUUCGUGCCAAGAGAGCCAAAGAGGCUGCCGAGCAAGACGUGGAGAAGAAGAAGUAAAAAGCAGUGUGAAACCUGGCAAAAUAAAGUCUUUAAAAAGAGUGUGACUGU